AACUGUUAACAAUUUGGACUCUUCUUGGUAUUUUAAGUGGUUCAAAUUAUGUAAGCCCUUUGCCCGUUUUUUCUUGAGUAAAGAAAAAUGCUUCACAGAAAUCUUUUUAUAGCUAUUAUUUUAUUUAUAUUUAUAGAAUUUUGUUUUAUUUUCAUAUCGGAUGAACUGGCGUUCGGAAAAUGGGUGUUUAAACUUACAGGAACUAUCCAGAUAAGUAGAGUGUUCGUUAGAAAUAACAUAUCUUCUCCAAAUACAAACGCAUCAGAAAUCCAGCCAAAUAUAACAAGUAUGCCUCUUGCUAGAAAAUCAAUUCCUCUGAAAAUCGGAACACUUUUAAAUGGGACAGAAAACAAUGAGUAUUGCAUUGUUGAGCCUUUAAACUUAAAAGGGCGCCAAAAAAUUUUGCUAGAUGGACCUUCGAUUGAAACAUUGGCAAAGACUUUUGCAAAUCUUUAUCCAGGCGGUCGUUUUAAGCCCGAUGAUUGCCGAGCAAAAGAAAAAAUAGCCAUAAUUGUACCUUUCAGAGACAGGGAACAGCAUCUGAGAAUAUUUCUCCACAAUCUACACCCAUUAUUGCAAAGACAGAAGCUGGAUUACGGCAUCUACAUUGUAGAACAGAUGGGCAGCAAGCCUUUCAACAGAGCAAUGUUGAUGAACAUUGGAUACGUUGAGGCAUUGAAGCAAUAUGAUUAUGAUUGUUUCAUUUUCCAUGAUGUUGAUCUAAUACCAGAAGACGAUAGAAAUCCUUAUAAAUGCUCUGAACAACCUAGACAUAUGUCUGUAGCCAUAGAUAAAUAUAAAUAUGCACCAUUAUAUGAAGGUUUAUUUGGUGGCGUGAGUGCAAUGUCGAAAAAACAUAUGGAGACGGUUAAUGGAUUUUCUAAUUCAUAUUGGGGAUGGGGUGCGGAAGAUGAUGACAUGUCUAACAGAAUAAAGUACCACCAUCUAAAGAUAACUCGUUAUCCUUCUAACAUUUCUUAUUACACAAUGUUAAAGCAUAAAAAAGCCAAGCCGAUGCAAGACUUGGCGAAAAAACUGAAUAUAGAGAAGAAAAGGUUUCAUACUGAUGGACUGAAUAGUCUGAAGUAUGAAAGGGUGGAUAUAUUGUUUCGAAAGCUGUAUACUUGGAUUGUGGUGAACAUAUAA